AUGACCAGCUUCAAUGACCUUCCCGAAGAAAUUCUAGAUAUGAUCAGCGAUCUUUGCUGUCCUGACGGCUUCGAGACUCUUACCUUGCUCUGCCAAAAGACGAGGCGUUUAUCAUCAAAAUACGUGUCUUCAUUCAAAGAGUUUUUGGAGGAGCACCGCUACAAGCAAAAUGUGCAGAUGAGCUCGCCACCAGGCUGUAAUGACUUUCUUGGAGAUACAAGCGACUUGGAACGUGCGCUAGCGUCGCCGUCUGCACAGAUUUACCGUCGUGUACUUCACAUCAAACAGAAGAGCACCCUUGAGAAGAACAUCGAAAGAUUGCGUGAACCUCAUAUGCAUCUGGCAACAAUGCUGCAACCUUUUCGAGCGGGGGUGAUGGAGCAUUUGCAAUCUUUGUAUGCAAGGUUCGAUGCGAAGUCGGUGGAGAUGUGUGAUCCGUUUCGGUGUAUUGGAGAAGAGGAUCCCCAUCCUGUCUUUCUAGCGGUUGGGCGACUAAUUUUCUCCAUGUUGUGUCGCGUCAAAUGUCUACGAAUCACUACCUCCAAUGCUGGCGACGAGGACUUUCUGCUCAAUACCAUUUCGGAAGCAAACUUUCAAAAGGGCGUAUUGACUCACCCUCUAGCUCUACCAUUUCAAAAUGUGACAAGGGUAGUAUUGAAGAGCAGAGCAUCGCUUCAAGAUAGAGGCGAAGGCUUUUAUCAGGAUGAAUUUGGUCUAUGUGUGGACAGUGCAAAUGGCGAAAUGCGACUCUUGAAUGCAAUCCUCAUUUUGCCAUCUCUUGAUCGCCUUGAGUGCUAUGGAAUAAUCAGCUUCUAA